UUCAGAGAAAGAUUGAUUUCAUCAGUAAAUAAAUUAAACCCUAAACCCUUAACUCGUCGAUUCGUGUCUUUGCUGGGGACGAAAAAAGGCAAAAGGAACAGAGUGAGAAAAUUCAACGGUCAUGGAAGAAAAAUUAAAGUAUCUGAGUCUCGUCGGAGCCGGAGCUCUAAUCGGAUCCCUCUCCACCGUCGCUCUCCUUAAGCUUCUCUCCAGGAGUUCAAUGAAGCAGCACGAUGAAAACGAAAACCCAGGAACUAUGCUAUUAGGUAAUGGUAUUGAAUCUGAAACAAGACCAGUUGCUGCAUCAACUGGUCAGGAUCUUCUGACAGAUGAGAUUGUUUCGGAACAUUUAACCAGGAAUAUCUUGAAUCUUCAUAGCAAUGAUAUGUUGUUUUGGAUAACUUUGAGUGAUACCAAUAGGAACAUCCAGUUUUUCGGUAUUGAAGCUCAGCGUAAAGUAACUGGAUCAUAUGUUGUGGUCAUUGGACUUGGAGGUGUAGGGAGUCAUGCUGCAUCUAUGCUCUUGAGGUCAGGUGUUGGGAAGCUCCUCCUUGUUGACUUUGACCAGGUGUCUCUUUCAUCAUUGAACCGACACGCUGUUGCAACACGAGCAGAUGUUGGUAUCCCGAAAGCUGUUUGUCUCAAGAAGCAUUUCUCUUCAAUCUUUCCCGAAUGCUGCGUAGAAGCUAAAGUGUUGCUGUAUGACUCAUCUUCGGAAGAAGAAGUUCUUUCGGGCAACCCGGAUUUCGUUUUGGACUGCAUUGACAACAUCGACACAAAGGUGGGACUUUUGGCUGCUUGUGUUCAGAGGGGUUUGAAAGUUCUGAGUGCGACUGGUGCGGGUGCUAGAGCUGACCCAACAAGAAUCAGAGUGGCUGAUUUAAGAGAAUCCACAAUCGACCCGUUGUCUCGAUCUGUAAGACACAGACUGAGGAGAGAACAUGGCAUUGAAGGAGGCAUUCCCGUCGUGUUUUCACUGGAAAAGCCAAAGGCGAAGCUGCUCCCCUUUAAGGGGACUAAUGGGGAAGACGAGAAUCCUUCAGAUUAUCAAGUGGUUCCUGGCUUUCGUGUCCGGAUAAUCCCUGUUCUUGGAACCAUCCCGGCUAUUUUUGGACAAAUCAUGGCGUCCUAUGUAAUAACACAGCUUGCAGGUGUGCAAGUUUCGAUGGAGCCUAUCGUAAAUCUUGAUUUGGAUCAUUACCGAUUGCUUCAUCAACGCCUUAUUGAGCAUGAGGAGACAGUUUAUGGCACAUCUGCAGAAGUCCAGGUAGAUGUUGAGGAAGUGAAGUACAUAGUGAAAGAGUUGUGGCACGGACGAAGUGCUAGAGAUGAGACAGCAAAAGAUGUUGGGAGAGGAAUGUGGCGAGCCAUGAAUGAGUUGAUGCUCUUAAGAUGGGAUGCAAAGAAGACAGCAUCAGUCACAAACUUGAUUCUUUUGAAGUUUAAAGAGGCGGAUGAACAUGAAGCUAAGACUAUUGAGGAAGUGAAGGAAACAGAAAUAGAGUUUUUUGAAAAAGUUUCAUGCGUGCUGAAGAAGGCAGAGAUCGAUUUCUACGGCUAAGAAGACAAGAACCCACAAUUCAAGAUUCAACAUCAAUCACAGUGUUGAAGAAGCUUUGGUUAUUAUUUAUCCAUGGCUUCUCUCACUAAGGAUAUGGACUCUCAAACUACAUGUCCUUUUUUUCUAACAAACAUACUCGCUGUAAUGUAUAAUUUUAUCAGCUGAUAGCAAAAUUAUUGUUGUUUUUCUUCUAAUCAACAACUAACAGUAUGUUGGGGAAAAAAUAAACCCAAAUGCAAAAGACUUAAAACUGUUACAUGAUUGGUAGUAAUUCUGAG